GACAAACAAGUCCUCGGUCGUGGAGCUCUUACAUUUCAGAAGCCAAUUCACAUUUAGGGUUCGAUUUCUCGAGUCUGAUUCAGUUCCCUCAUUCCUUCAUUCGUCCUCCCGUGAAUUGAGCAGUCGAAAUCCGUCAAAUCGGCCACCAAUAAAUGGCGGCGGAGGGUAGGGAGAGCGAGAGCCACUACAACAGCGGCGCCAACCGCGACGGCGACCUUCCCGUCGGGAAACAGCAUGAUUCGGUUCCCUCGCCAUCCUCAAAUCCCCACCAGUCGUCGUCUUCUGCGAUGAACCACCCAAUCCAGCGGCAGGCUUUUCCUUCGUAUUCCAAUGUCCCGAAUCUUCCCUCGAAACUCAAGCUCCUCUGCGGGAUCAUCGCCACAACCCCGUCGCCUUCCAUAGAGAAAGUCCUCGACGGCUCCGGCAUCGGCGUCACCCAGGCCGAGGUUGAGCAAGUUCUCAAGCUCUCCUACUCUUUCCCGGCCCCUACCGUCAAGUUCUUCAGGUGGAGCGGGUUGCGGCUCGACGGCGAUCACUCCCCUUACGCUUGGAACCUCGUGGUCGACCUUCUUGGUAAGAAUUGCUUGUUCGACGCAAUGUGGGAUGCUAUCAAGUCCAUGAGACGGAAAGGGUUGGUCUCUUUAGCCACAUUUGCUUCAAUUUUUGGUAGUUAUGUGAUUGCCGGUAGAGUGAAGGAGGCCAUUAUGAGUUUCGAGGUCAUGGAUCAAUACGGCUGCGAGCGUGAUGUUGUGGCUUUGAAUUCCUUGUUGAGUGCUAUCUGUAGAGAUGGAAACGCUCUCGACGCCUUUGAAUUCUUGCGUGUAGCUCAGCAGCAUAUAAUGCCUGAUGCUGAUUCCUAUGCCAUUCUAUUAGAAGGGUGGGAGAAGGAGAUGAAUGUGGUUCGCUCCAGAGAUACAUUUGCUGAGAUGAUCGAUCGAAUUGGCUGGGAUCCUGAAAACGUGCCUGCUUAUGAUACUUUUCUCUGCACUUUGCUUAUGGGUGCUGAAGGAAUGAUGGAGGUUUUGAAAUGUUUGGACGUAAUGAAGGAUAAGGGAUGCCAUCCAGGUCACAAGUUCAUUUCGUUUGCCCUUGAAGUUUGCCGUAAACAUAAUGAUGUUAAAGCGGCUGAUCUGAUCUGGGAGAUAGUGGUGUGUGGUUUCCGGAUUAGGCCUGAUGCACGGCUUUACAAUAUGAUGAUUGUUUUAUACUGCAGUUCCAAGAAAACUGACAGGGCAAUGGGAAUAUUAGACGAGAUGGUCUGUAGAGGGGUGCUUCCUGAUGUUCACACAUAUAAUUUGUUGUUCCAGUUCUUGAUUGAGAGUAGACGACUGAAGGAGGCAUCAGCAUUGCUCAAUGAGUUGAUUAGAAACGAGUGCAUCCCCAACCAGACGAAUUGCAGUGAAGCAGUUAUGGUGUAUUUGGAAUCGCAGGAUGCAUAUAUGGCUGUGCUGGUUUGGAAAUUGAUGGUGGAAACUUACAAGUUGGAUUUGGAGGAGACUGGGAACUGCUUGAUCGUGGGGCUGAUAAACCUUCGGCUAGUCCCGGAAGCGGUCGUGUAUGCAGAGAGUAUGAUUGAGAAAGGAAUAAAGUUGACUUCAUCGACGAUUUCGAUGCUGAAGCAGAGCCUUACUCAGGAGAGGAAAGAGAUGGUGUAUGAAAACCUCCUGAGGAAGUGGACUAACUCCUUAGGCAGGAUUGAAACAAUGUAGUAGAAAAACACUGGUAAAAACAGGAAAUGUGUUUACUUCUUUUAUUUAUCCUUGGUGGUGCGACUUUGUAUGUUAAUUGUACAUUCCUUUGUUUAAGGGUUUGAACUUUGAAUAGAACAAGCUGUGUUAUGAUCCCUCUCUUUGUUGAGGACUGAUUAUCUCACUAUGGAUUCGAGGAUCGACAUUGACUACUUUGUUCACUAUUAACUAUUAAGUGUUGUCCGCUGUAUGCCUGUAUGGUACUUCUAUUGUAUGCCAUGGGUUUGUUAACAGCUAAGGGUCCGUUUAGUAUUGUUGCUUGUUUUUGUUUCCUGUUGUGUUUUACGAAAUUUGGAAAACCAAGAAAAAAAAUCGUGUUUA